GACUUCGCACGCUCUGCAACCUAUCCGCUAUUGACCUGUCCGCCGAUCCGGCCUCGCUUUCUCCGAACGCUUAGGCGCCCAUCUCGGAACGUCAUCCCCCGAUGGACCUCUUUUUCCUCCCGAACGACCCCCAGCGCGCGACCGUCGUCUCCGCCAACGACAUCGCGCACUUCCGCAUCACCACCCGCAAGGGCGUCACGCGCGUCAUACGUCCGGCGGAGAGCGAGAGCGCGAGCAUCGUCGCCGAGAUCCAGUGGAACAACUGGGAGUCGCCGACCGUCGUGCGGUCUUCGUUGUUGGCGAGGAAGUAUAUACGCGAUGAGGGUCUCAAGGGCGUGCGCGCGGCGGAGUUCCUGUAUAAGCGCGCGCGAUUUAGCUCUUCCCGAUGCUUCUUGGGCAACGACGGCGUGGAGUAUAGAUGGAAGCCAGUGCGCGGAGUAGGUCUGCUGUUGACGCGGGUCGACACAUCGGAAGAGGUCGCGCGCUUCUUUACGACUACCCCCGUGGACGGCGCAUUCAAAGGCGAGCGGCGGAGUACUCUGCGCAUCCAGGCCUGCACCAUCGACGUCGAACUCAUCCUCCUCACCUUCCUGAUCAUCGAGAAGAAACGUCGAGACGGCGUCGACGCGAGUCGAUCCUUCGCACAUGACGAGGACCCUCAGGGAGACGGUGGAGGGGACGGCGGUAGCGCUUAGGCGGUCCCUCUUUGGCUCAACGUCAUCGCGACCCUCUUGAUCUCCGCUAGGGCAAUCUCUCCCCUGUCUUUUCUCCGUCGCAUUCCUAUGCUUUCUCUGGGACUUUGGCUUUGGCUUUGGGCACACUGGCGCUUUCGAUUCGGGCACACUGGCGUUCUGGGUACACUGGCUCUGGGACUAUCUGCUUUCGAAACAAGGACUUGUACUGUCACACACUCCUCAGCUGCACGGACUUCUGUUGUACACCACUGGUGAUUGUACUCAUAGCCUG